AUGGCAGCACCACCAUACAUUCCCAAGCGACAGCCAAAUGGACCCCUGGGCUUCCUCAAUUACCCUCCAGAGAUCAUGAACAACAUCUAUCAACACCUUCUAGUUGACCACGAUCAAGUGUUGGCCCUCCUUUGCUCAACAAAUGCCAGGCUCCGCCAACUCAAUCUCAAACGUCGCAUCCAUAAGUUGAAUCAACCCCAAGAUCAAGUCGAGUGGUCUCACCUGUUCGAUUCACACUAUUACGUGGAUAGCACUGGGCUUUCGGCACAAUUCCUCCGUGUCUGCAAGAGAUUUUGGCUUGAAGGGUCUCCAGUCCUGUACGGCAACUUGACUAUUGCCAUGCGUCCUUCAAAUAGACCUGAUCCCUGCCACACGAAACAGUUCCCUAAGAACUCCCCGUACAUUCUGGCAUGGGCCAAAAAACUCAUACUCAAGAUCGACUUUUUGUCGGCUAUUCGCUACGCAGGUUGGACGGGAUAG